CUGUGGGGGGAGCUUCACAUGGGGCAGCGUAACCCGACCCAUCUGCACCAUGCAGCGGGCUCCACCAGAAGCGAUAUGGGAAGAUGCGGCGUUAGUCAGUCGACAGCGAGACCGCGCCCGUGAUGUGACGCCACCACUGAUCACGUCUACCGUCAACGACAACCCACACCCCAGAGCACUUCCCGUCCCCUCACCGAGACCAAGGGCACAUUGAAAGGUAAGUUUACAUCAAGCACAAUGACAGACCCAGCAGAUACGUCCGCUGCCCUUCAAGAAGCCGACCGACUUUACAAAGAGAACCAGUUUCCAGAUGCACUGGAGAAAUACACCACACUCCUUGAGAAGAACCAGGAGGACAUUGAACUGCUGCUCAGACGGUCCCGAUGCUACUACGGUCUCAAAGAAUUCAACCUGGCUUUUAAUGAUGCCAAAGCUGCCCACAACAUUGAUGCUACCCAUAUUGAUGCCUGUAUUUGUUGUGGAAGGGCUGCAACGAGGACCAAGUCUUUUGAGAAAGCAUUCAGAUACUACAAAGAUGCCUUGAAGGUGGAUCCUAAGCACCCGGUAGUGACUGAGGAUCUGAAGAAACUUCAAGGCGCCAUCAUGGCGGAACAUGAGAAGGAGGUAGUGGAGGAGCCUACCUACAGUGCAGUGAAGUUCUGUACCCAGGAUCCCUACCCCGGAGAUAAGGAGCUCUAUCAGAUGGAACAGGAGAUCCUAAACAAGAAGCACAAGAUUUCCAAUAACCAGGAGAUCGCACCGCCGGUACCAAACACCAAGCCGGAGGACGCAGCCAAGCAUGCUGCUAUGGCGAUACGGUACCGGGCAGGAGGCAAUACGGGUGAUGCUCUUCAGGAGUGUUACAGGUCUGUGGCUAUUGACCCCUACAAUGUGCUAUAUCGGCAGCUGAGGGCAGAGGUUCUCCUGGACAGGUCCCAGCGAGAAGACUCCCUUCGAGAUCUCUUCGCGAUCCCACCACCAAGUCGGUCUGUUGAGGUCUGGAAACAGGGAGGCCAAAUCUUACUCCAGAUGGGGCUGCCAGUGUCUUCGGAGUUCUGGUUUCGGAAGGCAACCAAGAUUAGUGACAACAAGGAUGAAGAGUCUGCCAUCUUAUUCCAGAAAGUGCGCACGGAGAGACUGUAUGGGCCCCUCACACAGAACGUUCCAGUGAAGGUCGACUUUGGUCAAUUUGGACGAUCUAUAUUUGCCACUGAGAACAUCGAAGAAGGGGCGGAAUGCUUGACAGACAAGCCAGUCGUCAUGGCUGAAAGUCUCAACAACAAUCUUGUCCCUGGUUGUCAUCAUUGUGCCAUGUCGCUCCUGUCUCCGGAAGACUAUUUUGGAGAAGCUCUGGACUUGUUCGAUGACUCAAUGAAAGAUCUUGUGAAGGAGCUGUGGCCAGAUACGACUCCUGUGCUGUGUAAGACAUGUGAGAGGGUGAAGUACUGUAGUGUCAAGUGUCACGAUGUGGCCUGGGCCAAGUACCACGAGGUGAUAUGCCCCGGGAGGAACACUGCCGCCAAGCGGAUAUACGACCUGGCAGCCAGUAAGGGUGUUGAGGUCCUAGCAGAUGGAAGGACGGACGAUGUAUGGGUGGGGUCGUAUAGUCCUCUGGUCCUUGCCAGGAUCUGGGGAACCAUUGUGCAGGAUGCCAAGACCAUGAUGAGAUCGGAAGGUCUAACGCAACCAACAGCGGAACAUUGGGCAAAGGCAAAAGCCCCAUUUAGGAGGUUUAUAGCAUUCGGGUGUACAAAGGCCACAGACAAGAUGCCAGAAAUGAUCAAAGUGUUUCAGGAAAUCUUCCAGAACUGUGGCGAUGGCAUCAGCUAUGAAAUCACGGAAGCGGAAUUCAACGGCCGCUACUAUCAGGCAACGUGUAACCUUCAGAUCUUCACCUCCUACAUAACACCCUACCAGCACUUCCUAACAAACGUGGCAAACAAGGGCGACCCACGCGGUUUGAAGAUGCUCAAAUACUUACAGAAAAAUCCUAAACCGUCAGCCUUCACUGGAAUGUUUGCCCUCCAUGCUUGUCUGAACCAUUCCUGCUACAACAACGUGGAGGUCCGGGACGGCCGCUGUGCAGAUGACAAACCUGGAGUUGCUGUGAUCGCUAAGCGAGAUGUGAAGAAAGGAGAGGAGGUCCUCACGACCUACAUCGACACCUCCAUGCCACGGAGGCUGCGGCGAGCAUGGCUGUACAAGUCCUUCAACUUUUGGUGUCACUGUCUGCGAUGCCAGUAUGAAGGCGACGACGCAACAUCGUGUACAACAUGUCGGGUGAAGGUUGAAGAGGGUAAGAAGUUCCCGUCUUGUGGAAAGUGUCAUCGUGCCUGGUAUUGCUCUGUGGCAUGUCAGAAGAAGGCUUGGAAGCAAGGCCAUAAGAUUAUCUGUCAGACGGACCACUCACAGAUGAGUUUAACUAGCUAACAAUGUUGUGGAGUUUCUAACAGAAAUUUGGCAGUGCAAUUGCGUUUUAUCGAUUCAUCUUUUUCCCCGUUUUCAUUCCGGCCUAAAUGGUUUUAUUCAGUAUGAGAGUAGAGACUUGACUAGCGUGGUUAUGGCUUGUUUGGUUGUGUAUAAAUUAAUGAACAAGUGCAAUUUUUUUACUGUGUGAUAUCUUUACGAGUUAAAAUCUUUAUCCAUUGUUUUACUUGGAAUUUUUAAAAUAAAACAAAUACGUUUCUCUA